AUGUCGGACGUAGAAGACAACACCCCCGAGGUCGCCGAUGUUGUUGAGGUUUCCGGCGAUGCCCCCAAGGGCCAGAUGUCCAUUCUCGAUGCUCUCAAGGGUGUCCUGAAGCUCUCUCUCAUGCACGAUGGUCUUGCCCGUGGUCUCCGUGAGGCUUCCAAGGCUCUUGACCGUCGCCAGGCUCACAUGUGUGUCCUGAACGAGAACUGCGAGGAGGAGGCCUACAAGAAGCUUGUUGUCGCUCUCUGCAACGAGCACAACAUCCCUCUCAUCCAGAUCCCCGACGGCAAGCAGCUCGGCGAGUGGGCCGGUCUCUGCGUUCUCGACCGUGAGGGUAACGCUCGCAAGGUCGUCAACUGCUCUUGCGUCGUUGUUAAGGACUGGGGUGAGGAGUCUCAGGAGCGAUCUAUCCUCCUGAACUACUUCCAGACCGAGCAGUAA